AGACAAUAAUGCAGGUUCAAAAACUCUGUUUUCUUGCUCUCUUCUUGGCUCACACCGCUUCAGCCGUCAAUCUCAGCCUCGAAACCUCGAACAUAGCCUUCCUCGGAGACGCAGAGCUCGGUCCUGCUUCAGAUGGCGUGAAUCGCUCGGGAGCUCUCUCCAUGACCCGAGACGAAAACCCUCUCUCCCACGGCCAAGGCCUUUGGGCCACUCCAGUCCCUUUCAAGCCUUCUUCAAACACUUCUUCUUCUCUUCCUUACCCAUUCGAGACUUCUUUCGUUUUCUCCAUCACUCCUCGCACCGAACCAGCUCCAGGGCACGGCCUCGCCUUCAUCGUGGUCCCAGCUCUCGACAACAGCGGCGCAGGACCCGCUGGCUACCUCGGAAUCCUCAACAAAACCAACAAUGGCGAUGCGAAAAACCAUGUUUUCGCUGUCGAGUUCGAUGUUUAUAAGGACAAGCAACUUGGAGACAUGAAUGAUAACCAUGUCGGUGUAGAUGUCAACUCUCUGACUUCUGUUGUGGCCGAGAGAGCUGGUUAUUGGGUUCAUUUAGUGAUAGGGCGAACGAAAAUGUGGAGGUUCAAGGAGGUGGAGCUGAGCAAUGGAGAGAGGUACAAGGCUUGGAUUGAGUAUAGAGACUCUAAUGUUUCAGUUACUCUCGCGCCAGAAGCUGUCACGAAACCCAAGAAGCCUUUGAUCGUUGCGCAGUUAGAUCUCUCUGAGGUUUUUCUCGAAAACAUGUACGCUGGUUUUGCCGGUGCCAUGGGACGUGGCGUUGAGCGUCACGAUAUUUGGAGCUGGAACUUCCAGAACAGCGCCUAGAACACUUAAACUAGUGUUCUGUUCGCUUUAAGUUUGUUUGUACUUCUUUUACUCAUAAACCUGAGUUUAAUAAUUAGAAAAAAGUUGUCGCUCGAUGCAUUGAAUUUACAUACUAGUGGCCAAAUCUACUCUGCAGGCACUUUGUCGUUAUGAUGACUUUCUAUUUCUAAAACAAUAUUGUCACUUUCAAAAAUCACAAACUGAUGGAAAGCAGAGAAGUUACGUUUGAGUAGAAGAAUAUCAAAUGGAAACAACAUCUCAUUACAGUGGACAGAUGAGAGUGUUUGACUAAGAAGUCCAAUAUAAAAAAAAAAAAAAAAAAAA